UGCAAUUAAUCGAAUUUCGAUUUCAAUCUCGAUUUCGGCUCCCAACGAUCACAAAAACUAUGUAAUCGAGAAAAAACGAUUAUUUGGUAAUUACGUUUUGCCCGUUACGUUGGUCUCUGUUCUGAAUGACGCGCAUGCGCACUUUCGCCCUCCCGAAGCCUCAACUCGUCAGCGAACGUGUGUGUUAUCAGGUAACUUAGUGGUGCCAUUUAAAAAUCUGCGGGAGUGAUGGCGGAAAAAGAACCACAGAAGCAAUUGGUAAACAAAAGAGGUAAAAGCCAUUCCGUUGUUUGGGAACAGUUUGGAUUCGACGAGGCGGACGUGGAUCAAAAUCAAAUUAAGUGCAAGAUUUGCUACGCGGUGGUGUCUGCACCGCAGGGAAACACCACAAAUCUUUUCAAUCAUCUUAAAUUUAAACACAGACCGACCUAUGACCAACUAAUAAAGAAACAGAAAGAACAAAGAUCAACCCCCACGACCUCUGCAACGCAGUCUUCCAUUAAAGACACGCUGUUCAGUGCAACUCCUUAUCCAAAAAGUUCGGAACGACAAAAAAAAUCACCGAUGCUGUUUCAUACUUUUUAGCCAAAGACAUGUGUCCCAUUAGCACGGUCGAAGAUGAAGGGUUCAAGAAACUGAUUAAUACUUUGGACAAGCGUUAUGCUUUGCCAUCUCGACACUACUUCACGAGAGUUGCUCUGCCUGCUUUAUAUGAGAAAUGCCGUGCAGAAGUGGCUAAUGAAGUGUUAAAAGCAGAGUACAUUGCCGCUACAACAGACCUGUGGUCUAGCCGCAAAAUGGAGCCAUACAUUAGCUUAACAAUACACUACAUCGACGCCAAUUUUAAUUUGAAUACGAAAUGUCUCCAAACGGCGUUUAUUCCCGAAGACCAUACUGGGCAAAACAUAGCACAUGCACUGAGGGAAGCUGUGGCUGCAUGGGGUUUAAACGAGGAAAAGCUCGUCUGCAUCACUACGGACAAUGCCUCAAACAUAAAGCUGGCAGCUGAGGUGAAUGGAUGGAUGAGGCUUCAGUGUUUCGGGCACAGACUUCACUUGGCCAUAGAAAAUGCAAUGAAGGAUUCCAGGAUCGACCGUGCAAUGGGGGUCUGCAAAAAGCUUGUUAGCAGUUUUUCCUAUAGUUGGAAAAAAAAGAGGGAUCUUGCAGAGGCACAGAAGCAGCUGAAUCUGCCUGAACACUCAUUAAAAACAGAAUGUCCAACCAGAUGGGGAUCUAGGCAGGCAAUGAUCAGCAGAGUCCUUGAGCAGCAUAAGGCCAUCACCCAAGUUCUUUCUAGUGACCGAAAACUUCGACAUCUCACCCUCUCUUGGCAGGACAUUGAUGUACUAGAAGCCAUCAAUAAGUGUCUUAGCCCUCUGGUUGAAUUCACUGAUGCACUUUCUGGAGAGAAAUACAUUAGUGUGUCUUUUCUGAAGCCAACCCUCCACCUCUUUAACAGUUCUAUACUGGCAGUGCAGGAGGAUGACACAGGCCUUGCCAAAAGCAUCAAACAGAAGUUUACGAGUUCGCCUCACUGA